CGUUAAGCCCCGCCCACUCCCGCUCAGAGCGGCGGCACCGAGAGCCCGAGCGGCGGCACCGGCACCGGCACCGGCAGCGCCCGCGGCCGCCAUGGCCGAGUACCGCAGUCUGCUGGAGGAGCUGGCCCAGAACAUCACGGCCGAGGACCUGGAGCAGCUCAAGUCCGCGUGCCGCGAGGACAUCCCCAGCGGGGAGGGGGACGCCAUCGCCACCGGCCACCACUGGUUCGCCUUCCUGGAGCGCCACAGCAAGCUGGACCGAGACAACCUGUCCUACAUCGAGCACAUCUUUGAGAUCUCGCGCCGGCCGGACCUGCUGACCAAGGUUGUCCAGUACCGCACGCAGGUGCUCAAGAUCUCCGAGGAGGACGAGGUGGACACGAAGCUCACGCGCAUCCCCAGCGCCAAGAAGUACAAGGACAUCAUCCGGCAGCCCUCGGAGGAGGAGAUCAUCAAACUGGCCCCCCCCCCGAAAAAGGCCUGAGCAGCAGGAGGAGACCCCCCCCCACCCCCCAGAGCCCCCUCCCCAAUUUCAGCCCUGAAGAGGGGGGGGGCUCGGGAGGGGGAGGGGCACCAAGAGCAUCUUAAACCCCGCCCCCAAAUCGAGGAGGGGGGAUUUGGGAGGGGGGGGGGGGAAAUUCCCACGGGACCCCCACCCUGAAAAGGCCUCGAUUUGGGGGGGGGAGGAAUGGGGACCCCCCCCCUCAAUGUGGGUAAGUUGAGGGGGGGCAUAAAAAAUGGGACCACCCCCCCACAGCCUAAUUUGGGGGGGUUCAAGGUAUUGGGAACCCCCCCCCUUAAAUUUUGGGGUCACAGGGACCCCCCCAAUCCCAAUUUGGGGGGGUCAGAAUUAUUGGGACCCACCCCCAGCUUAAAUUUUGGGGUCCCUAAUUUGAGGGGGGGGUCUGUGACAGGGACUGAGACCCCCCCCCACCCCAAUUUUGGGGGGUCACAAGCAUUGGGACCCUUGACCCCAAUUUUGGGAGGGGUCACAAGCACCGGGAACCCCCCAAAUUUUUUGGGGGGGGGGCACAGGAGGGCAGGGGGAGGUCAGGAGGGUGCCGAGGUCAGAGCUGAUUUUGGGGGGGGGUCUCGGACCCCCCCAGGAGGGGCAGGAGGGGACAAGGAGGUGACAAAAAGGAGGGGGGACAGUGAGUGGUGACCCCCCCCAAAAUUGGGGGAAAAAACACCAAAUUCCCUUUUUUUUGGGGGGGGGGGGGGAGGGGCAGCAAAUUUUGUCCCCCAAAUUUGGGAAACCCCCUAAAAAUCCCAUUUAAGGGGGGCAGGAAGUGGUGACCCCAUAAAAUCAGGGGAAAAGACCCCAAAAUUCCCAUUUUUGGGGGAGCAAGUAGUAAGAAAUGACCCCAAAAUUAGGGAACCCCCCCCCAUAAUUGAGGAAAAUCCCCUAAAAUUCCCAUUUUUUGGGGUGGGGGACAAAGUGGUGACCCCACAAAACUGGGGAAAACAACCCAAAAUUCCCAUUUUUGGGGGGGGGGGGCAGAGAGUGCUGACACCCCCAAAUUUGAGGGAAAACACCCAAAAUUGAGGAAAAAAACCCCAAAAUUCCCAUUUUUGGGCGAUGAGCAGCAAGAAAUGACCCCUAAAAUUGGGGGAAAACCCCCAAAAAUCUCAAUUUUUUUAAAGGGGGGGCACCCUGGCUGGCCCCCCCAAUAAAUAUUUUUGGGGGGUCCUCCCAGUACCAAACUGGGAGGGAGGAGCCCCCAAACUGGGCGGGGGGGGGGGGCGUGGGGGAGGGGAUUUUUGGGGUUCAGGUUUAGUUACUAACCCAGGGGUGUGGGGGGGGCAGCAGAGUUAAUUAAAUGUUAAUUAAUUAAUAUAUUUUAUUUAAUAAAAGCUAAAACCCGCAGCAGCCACCGGCUCGUGUGUCCCCAACCCCCCCCCCUCAAAUUUAUCCCUGUGCCCCCCCCCCCAAAUUAUCCCUGUCCCCCCCCCCUUUUCCUUUAUUUAUUGUCCCCAACCCCAGGAAUGUCCCCAAAUCUCUGUGAAAAACGCUGGAUUUGGUUAAAAUUGACGUUUUUGACCCCCCCUGAACGUCGGGAUGGGACUGGGGGGGACCCAGGGGUGUCCCCAACCCCUCCGGGGGGGUCUCCGGGUGUCCCCCCCUCCCCAAAUUCCCUCCCCUCCCUCCCCCCCCCCCCCGCAGACCGUGCUGACUGUGUAUUGAUAAAGAUGGAAAAAAGCUGC